UAUUAUUUCUAUUACAUAUUGGAAGCUGUCAUGAAUGCUUUAUACAAUCCUCCGUCCUACCGCUUGGAGCUAUAGACAAAUUCAAACACAUCUAUGAAUUCGAUAACACACAUUCUUCUUCCACUGGGUCAUUUCAGAUGUACGAAAUUAAUGAAGGCUCUGGUGCAGGAAACGCGAAAUACGGGCGUAAAAUGUAGAUAUGCAAAGCCGGUUCAUUCAUCCAUCAUUCAUGCACCUUGUACUGUAACGACGCCGAUGCAAUCCUUCCGAGUCAGAAAGAGGGGUCAUUCGCGAUUAUUUCCCGAAUGGGACCUUGGAAAUCAAAUUGGAGCGAUAACUUUCUACUCAGCUAGAUUAUCCUACCUGAUGGUUCUUUUUGCACUUUCACCUUCCCAAAUGCCAUGACUUCGCCAACCCUCCUUCUCCGUCCAAUAACAGGAUCAUUCGGUGACUCCUUGAAGGGAAGCUUUACGAGGACUGUUCUCUCGGGCCUAAUCGGCGGCCUCCGUUUCCUCUUUAAUCAUGUCCCGUCCCUUGUCACCCCAGCUUCUCUUCGUGCAGAGUGGGAAGGCUUGAGUUCCAGGACAAGAGCAUUCUUGCUACUCGUCAAAUUGUCCAAGCAGCCCCACUCCACCGAUGUCGAACACGUCCGAGAACGUACCGAAGCAAUCGUAAACCUAGUUGUUAGCAAGAAUGCCUACAGCGUUUCUCAGCUGGAAGUUAACGGCGUUCCUACUGAAAUCAUCACGGCCGUCGUCACAGGGCCAACACCUCCUGGUGCUGUUGUAUGGCUGCAUGGAGGUGGUUACAUGGCUGGUCGUGCUCAUCAUUAUCGGGGAAUCGGUGCCGAUUUAUCUGCGCGACUGGGCGGUGUACCGAUUGUUAUCCCGGAUUAUCGCCUCGUACCAGAAGCUGAUUUUCUGCCCGAAUCUGUGGGUGACUGUAUCAAGGUUUUCGAAUGGGCUACUGCAAGGUACGGUGCAUCGAACCUUGCUCUUAUAGGUGACAGUGCAGGAGGUGGUAUGACGGUCCAUGUCAUCAACGCUCUUCGCCGCACUCCACAGUAUUUCCCAGCUGGCGUGGUUAUGUUAUCGCCCUAUUUGAAUCUCCACCCAAAUUAUCCUUCAAUGGAAACCAACAAAUCUUUGGACGUCAUGUUGGAUGCGCCGUCAAUCUCGUUCGUCUGUUCUCUAGUCCUAAAGUCACCCACCCCCAUCCCGCCACCCACGUAUGAGGAAUUUCCGCCCGCCCUUGUCCUUGUUGGGAGCCAUGAAUUGUUGUUGGAUGACUCCAAGGAAAUUGCGGAGAACAUUGCGAAGGAUGGCGGCGAUGUAGAAUUGAUUAUUCAAAAAGGGAUGUGCCACGUCUAUCCGGUUUUCUUUGCUUGGCUUGACGAGAGUGAGCAAGCCAUGCACUUCAUUGCCAAUUGGAUCAGAGCUAAAGUUGGAUGGAAGAAACAGCUAUGAUAAUAAACAUCGCUAGUUCUCCAGACCAAGAGACGAUUGUUUAUAUGUGAAAAUCUCUAAAAUUGAUAUGUAAUUGCGUGAUGCUAUAUUGAAUUCAGCUGUAACAGGUGAAUUCUGUGGGCAUGUUGACCUGGGCAUGAAAUCCGUCAGAUAAUGAAGAGUUUGGCGAAAUUUUGGAACUCUGUACAAAGCGGAUCAGUAAAACUGGCCGUCAGACUAUGUACGUUGAACUGAACUUUUCCAUGAUAUAUUGCUAGUAAAAGCC